CACGCAACCACUUUGCUUAAAGAACACUCACCGCCAGCCCAUAGCAGAGGAGGAACAUAUAACAACUCACAACUGCUAGAUUCAUCAGAUUGAUUUCUUUUCUUCUUCUCAUAAAUGAAACAAAAUACUCCGCAUUGUAGAAGUUAUAUCCUCAGAUCUCAGAAUAUAUUUCUGUAAAUUAGAUUAUUGGCUUCUUCAUUUUCCAAUCAGCAAUGGCCGCAGAUCCUGCUUCUUCUUCUUCUUCCUUGAACGCCUCUGUCUCCCAUGGUGGAGCAGGAAAUCCUGGCGAUGAGAUCUCUCCUCUCCAAAAACAUGCCAUGUUUUUCGAUAUUAACGGGGAUGGACUUGUUUAUCCAUCGGAAACUUAUAAAGGUUUCAGAAUGCUUGGAUUCGGGAUACCAUUGUCAGCAUUUGCAGCCGUGUUUAUUAAUCUUGGGCUCAGUAAAAAAACUCGACCGGGGAAAGGCAUAUCUCUUCUCUUCCCUAUUGAGGUUAAAAAUAUUAAACUUGGGAAGCAUACAAGUGAUACUGGUGUCUAUGAUUCAGAAGGAAGGUUUGUUCCAGAAAAAUUUGAGGAAAUAUUCGCCAAAUACGCACACACAAGCAAAAAUAGUUUGACAUCAAAGGAAUUGGAUGAAAUGCUCAAGGCAAAUAGACUGCCAAAGGACUAUGCGGGAUGGGUUGGUGCAUGGGCAGAGUGGAAGGUAUUAUACUUAUUAGCGAAAAACAAGGAGGGAGUUCUGCCCAAAGAAGCUAUAAAAGGAGUUUAUGAUGGGAGCCUCUUCGAUACAAUUAAGAAAGAGCGUGCGACCAAAAAGCAAGUUUAAAUUUUGACGUAAGAACAAUUUCACCGCAUUGAGAUGGAUGUCUGUUUGCUUUGCUAUAUCAUCAAAUCAUUACUGGAUAGAGUCUUGAAGGGAGAAAAAGAAUUACUGAUCUAUGUAUGAUUGUAUAUUAUUCCAAGUUCUUUCAUAACGUAUGAUGUAAUUAUUAGUAAAUAAAGGAAAUACAUAUUAUUAUAUUGUGUGAUUGGUGGAAGAAGUUAUUAAAAUGUGGUUAGGAAUUAUUUUGUUGUGUGUAAUUGCAUUUAUUAUCUUUUAUUUGUGUAUUGAUUGGGCCAGCUUUGCAUUUGAACCUAGCCUUUUGUAAUAGGAAAAUCUAACCUUCAAUUCAAGUACUCGUAUUAUUUAUGUGAAGGCUAAGCUUCAG